UGUGUGUCCCAUUAUCCCCUUCCCUAUUUAAGUCCUUCCAUAUCUUAUCUUUCUCUCUAUGCUCUUCUUUUUUUUUUCUCUCUCUCUCUCUCAUAAAUUUCUUUCACUUUUAGAGUAUGGGAGAUCAUGGAGAACUGCAGCUGCAAUUUGGGGAAGAUGAAGAAGAAAGCAUGAAAAUGAGCACUAGAAAGCAAACAAGCUCCAUGAACCUAAUCCAACAACAGAAACCAAGAAGAAGCCCAAAAACCAAAGAAACUUACAGAAGAUGGCUAAGAAUUGGUGUUUACACUUUGUUGCUCCUUGCAGGCCAAUCAGUGGGAAUUAUGCUUGGGAGGCUCUACUUUGACAAGGGUGGCAAUAGCAAAUGGUUGGCAACUCUAGUUUCAUUAAUAGGAUUUCCCAUUCUUCUCCCACUCUACAUGAUAAAAUCACUCAACACCUCACCUUCUAAUAUCACCCUCCAAUCAAAUCCACCCACACCUACAAAACUUGCCUUUGUCUAUGUAUCACUUGGCCUUCUUAUUGCCCUUGGUUGCUUUCUUUACUCUGUUGGCCUCAUGUACCUUCCUGUCUCAACUUACUCCCUUAUUUGUGCUUCACAAUUGGCCUUCAAUGCCUUGUUUUCUUACUUCCUCAACUCCCUUCUUUUCACCCCUUUCAUUGUCAACUCUCUUGUUCUUCUUACUAUCUCAUCCACUCUCCUCGUCUUUCAUACUGAACCCGUCUCCGAAGGCUCUGACCACCACCCGGUUUCUAGAGCUAAGUUUAUUACAGGAUUCAUUUGCACGGUGGCGGCCUCGGCUGGGUACGGGUUGAUGUUAUCAUUGACCCAACUAGCCUUCAAGAAAGUGAUAAAAAAGGAGAGUUUCAAGGCAAUAAUGGACAUGAUAAUUUACCAGUCAUUAGUUGCAAGUUCAGCCAUAUUUAUAGGGUUAUUUGCAAGUGGGGAAUGGAGAAGUUUGAAAAGAGAAAUGGAUGAAUUCCAAUUGGGUAAAGUUGCAUACUUAAUGACUUUGCUUUGGACUGCCAUAAGUUGGCAACUUUUCACCAUUGGCUGUGUGGGUCUUAUUUUUGACGUUUCUUCUCUCUUUUCCAAUGCCAUUAGUGUCUUGGGUUUGCCUAUUGUGCCUGUUUUUGCGGUCAUUUUCUUUCAUGACAAAAUGGAUGGACUCAAAAUUGUGGCUAUGAUUUUGGCUGUUUGGGGUUUCGUUUCUUAUGGCUAUCAAAAUUAUCUUGAUGAUUUCAAGGACUCAUUUAAGGUUGAAAAUCGAGACUCAAACGAGGUUUCGACGGAGAGUAUUCAUGUUCAACCAUGAUAUAUAUAAAUCACAAUGGUAGAUUACUCCUCCUUUUAUGUCCUGAUUGAAUAGGAAGGGACGACCAGAUUAGUGCCAACUUGAACUAGAUCAACUAGUUAAGACAUAUCUUCUCGACUAAGAUGGUCUGAGGCUCGAACUUUUCACUUGAACUAAAAAAAAUUGUAUUGUAUCUAUUUACACUUCGAUAAUAAUCAUUUUGUAUAUUCUACUAUGUCAUUUCAAAAUAGAAAGGGAAAUUAUUCUCCUUCAUUUUUUA